AUGGCAGCGGAGUUUAUAGCUCUUGCCUCAGCUAGUAAGGAAGCUGAGUGGUUGAGAAAUCUCAUGUUAGAGCUGCCUUUAUUGCCUAAGCCAAUCUCACCGGUGGCAAUUCAUUGUGAUUUGAAUUCGGCUUUAAUAAAGGCUUAUAGUCAAGUGUAUAAUGGUAAGUCUCGGCAUAUUUCACUAAGGCAUAGCCUAGUGAAAGAACUUAUCAAUGAUGGGGUCAUAAGUCUUGACUAUGUUCCCACGAAAAUGAAUUUGGCGGAUUGCUUUACUAAAGCAAUGCCAAGACAUUCCAUCAUAUUUGCUUUGACUGGAAUAGAUGGAACAUCCACGACCAUGAAUUCAGCCAUAAUGUUCCGUUGUGCUAGGCCUCGGCCUAUGGUGACAGGAAGAAGAAUCUUCCCAUCUGGAUAUGAUGAAGAGUCGUUGAAUCCAGAUACCAUGAAGGGUACUGGAGUUAGACUUAUUGAGAAACACCCAGCUGUUCUUAAUUGUAGGAUUACAAGUAAUCUUGAACCUAAGCUUAGAUUUCUAGUAGAAAAUGGGAUUAAGGGUUUGUAUCUUCCUAGGCUUGUGUGGGUCUUGGUUACUUCUGAUUGGAAAAGACUGCAAGAGAAUCUGGAUUGUUUGAUUGAACAAGGGGUGCCCGAGAGACGAAUCGAGGAGUUGCUUGUUUUGCAGCCUAGGUGUUUGUACCAAGAUAUUUCAAGGAUCAAAUAUGCAGUGAAAAUGAUAAGAUGUAUGGGGGUAAAGCCUACUGAUGUUAAGUAUAUACACAACCUUCGUGUCAUAAUGUCACAUAGUAAGUUGAGCUGGAAGAGGAAGGUUUCGGUCUUUGAGAGUUUAGGGUGGUCUACUGAGGAGGUUAUAUCGACUUUUACUAGGACUCCGCAUUGUUUGUCUUGCUCUGAGAAGAAACUUAGGAAUGCUAUGGAUUAUUUUGUUAAUACAGUAAAGGUUGAUAGGGAGACUAUUAUUGGUUAUCCUAAAGUUUUGACGUAUUCAAUUGAGAAAAGGGUUGUUCCAAGGUUCACUGUUUGGAAGAUUUUGAUAGAGAGGAAAUUAACUAAGUGUACACGGUUCAUUUGGAUGCUUAAUAUAUCAGAAAAGGAGUUUAUUGAUCUGUAUGUUACCAAGUACUCUACUGAGAUACCUUAUCUACUGCAAAUCUAUAUGCAGUCCAAGGGGGGCUCUAUCCGGGCUGUAUGAAGUUGAAGAAGAUUGAUUAUGACGAUAAAUUGUAAGUUGUUCUUUAGUCAAGUAUAUAGUGGUGAUUUCAGUUGAUACUAUUAUUUACUUAGCAGGGGUUUUAGGAAUUAAUCUUGUUUGAUUAACAUUUUGUAGCAUGAUGAAUUCUCAUUGUUGUUAAUCAUUGUUAUAUUUUGGUUCCAGCGUUUUUUUAGUUGAAUCUAGUUUGUUUAGAGAAUGCUCAAAAUAUGCAACAAUUAUGCAAUGAUGUGCCUUUAGUCCAGAGUUUUUGCCCAUUAUAUUGUUCUCCUUCCCAUAUUAUCUUGUAUAGAUGUUCUCCUGAUAUUACAAAGUGACCAUGUUCUGACGAAAACAAGUGAUUGUAAAUUUGUAACCAUUGCUAAAUCAUUCUAAGUCUCAAAGGAAAGGGGCGGAGUGGUGGAAUGGAAACUUCUUUUUCUAUUAGAGGAGUGAAAAUAAACUUGACUUUAAGUUAAUCAAAUUAUAUUGUACACCAGAGUUCUUUCUUCUUGUUGACAACCUAGGAUUUUUUAUGUGGAAAACAUGAUAGCUUGUAGAUAUGAAGAUAUUCUGUUUCAGUAUGUUUGAAUUAUAUUUGUUCCCGAUUGACUAAGUGUUCUUUUUAAAGUUACAAGUUUAGAGGCGCACACAAUGCAUGCACGAUUAACUUUUUUAUUUGCUCAAAUAAUUGGACAACUUUUUUCUCAUAAACUUGUCUAUGUAUAUAUUAUAAAUUUUCCUCUUUAAUAUUUAUGACUGUAAAUAAAGAAAUUUAGUAAAAUACAGUACUAAUUGAUCAUAAAAAAAAAAAAUAUUAUCACGUUAUAUGGAGUACUAGAUUACACUGACAUUGAAAUUGGUUACCCCUUCUCUAUGUCCCAUAUUGUCAUUUUUCACACUGCCUAAUCUUUAUAGCAAUAUAGUCCGUAAUAAUUAAAGAUGCACUUUAAAUCUUUAAUUUGCUCAAAAUUUUGAUUAAUAUAGGUUGUGAAAGUAUAUAACAUCAAUUACAUGAUAGAAAAGGUGGGAGCAACUCACAAUUUAUUUACAAUAGUAAAAUAACUCUAAAAGAUUUUCUAGUGAAAUUUGAUAAAAUGUAGACUAAUGACAAUAACAACCAUCCCAAAUUUAAUUCAACCCAAAUAUAAUUCAAUAAAAAAUAACUUUUAUAUAUAUUACUCCUUGUUAAAAUUCAAUCAAAACCAAGAGUGUAGACUAAUGACAACCAUCCCAAAUAUAAUUCAAUAAAAAAAAAAUUUAUAUAUUACUCCUUGUUAAAAUUCAAUCAAAACCAAAAAAUUACAUUAUAAGGACCAAAAAUAGAGAGAAAAUAAAAGAAAAUGUCAACAUGCGUGGAACUAUAUUGGGACAUAAGAAGAUGAAUUAUAUGGAAACAUAUAUAUUACCCGCCUCCAAUUCAAAAAAAAAACCACAAUUUGACAUUAACUAUAUACGGAGUACAUAAUGAAACAAAGCAAUUUAGGAAGCUUGGGAGCAAUCAAAUUAGGAAAAAGGGUGGUACUUGGGAGCAAUCACUAAUAUAAAGCAACAAAAUUAUAAUUUUCAAGCAAAAACUUCUCUUGUACAUUAAAACAAAAAAUUAUGUAAAUACCUUGUAAUCUUCUUAUAGAUUCUUUGGUAAUCUUCUUGUCUUGUAAAUAAUGCAUAA